AUUAAAAUCCUUUAAUUUUCAUUUUUCAAAUAAUGGCUGAAUAAACAUAAGAUAAAUAAUUCAAGGGUGUCAAAAAGUUUACCUACAGAGGCUUAUAACUCGAAGAGCUUGUUAAAUUGCCCAUGGAUAAAUUGGUUGAAUAAUUCAGAGCAAGAUAAAGAAGAAGAAUUUCUAAUUAAGGUGAAAAAGUUCACGCUUUCUAAAACUUAAUGAAGAAAAUUCGUAAAUCCAAGAAGGAGACAUUACCAGGAGAGAAACCCAAACCAGUUAAGACUCACUAAAGAAACACUAUUGUCGUCCCAGAAAUGGUUGGCUCAAUCGUAGGUGUGUAUAAUGGCAGAUAAUUCAGCAACGUGGAAAUUAAGUUUGACAUGAUCGGAAGAUAUUUGGGUGAAUUUUCAUUGACAUAUAAACCAACAAGACACGGAAAGCCAGGUGUUGGUGCCACAAAGGGAUCUUAACAUACAGAUUGAUGUUAUAUAAUAUAAGUACAAUAUACAUUGCGAAUUAAUGUAAACGAUUAUAA